AUGUGCACAAUCCAAUAUGGCGGCCAGUUCUCAAUUUCUGUCAUCUCCAUGUGCGGCUUUAUCUGCCAAAAAUUUACCCAUUAAUAAGUUUAGAAAAGAAAUCAUGAAUGCCGUCGAGGAGAAUGACGUCUUUAUUGUGGUUGCUGAAACAGGCAGUGGAAAAUCCACCCAAAUACCGCAAUUUUUGUACAGACACUGGUUGAGCGGGAAUAGCGGCAAAAUCGCCAUUACCCAGCCAAGGAAGAUUGGAGCGAUAGCUUUAGCUGCUCGUGUCUCAGAUGAAAUGAAUUGCAAACUCGGAGAUCUUGUCGGCUAUCAAGUUCGUUUCGACGAGUGCGCAUCGUCAAAAACUCGCAUAAAGUAUUUGACUGACGGAUGUUUACUGCGAGAGUUUAUCGAAGAUCCUUUAUUGCAAGAGUAUGAUUGCAUAAUAUUGGACGAAGCUCACGAAAGAAGUCUUGAUACGGAUAUAUUAUUUGGUCUUGUAAAAAGACUGUUUAUUUCCAAUGAAGGAAAACUGCUGGGACGAAGAAAUCCUCUGAAAAUAAUUAUUAUGUCUGCAUCUUUAAAUCAAGAGAAGUUCUCCAAUUUUUUUGGUUCUUGUCCUAUCCUUGAAAUCCCAGGUCGUCUGUUUCCAGUGAAGACUAUUUACUGCAACAUGGUUGGGAAAGAUGAUAUUGACAUGCCUCAUUAUUUAACCGCGGCAGUAAAUAAAGCAAUUGAAAUCCAUGUCGACUCACCACCUGGUCAUAUAUUACUUUUCCUUACUGGUCAUGAAGAAAUUGAAAAUUGUUGUGAUAAACUGUACGAGAAAGCAGAAAAUAUUGACUACAGAUAUGAUGUGUCCAGUCAUGAUGUAGAAGCAUUAUUAAUUUUACCUCUUUAUGGGUCAAUGUCAACAGAUUUACAGAGACGAGUGUUUGCUCCUGUUGAGAAAGGAGUCAGAAAAAUUGUUGUGGCAACAAAUAUUGCAGCAACAUCUUUAACCAUUGAGGGUAUCAGAUACGUAAUUGAUUGUGGUUUUGUAAAGCAACUAUCUCAUAAUCCAAGAACUGGCUUGGAUUCGCUCAAUAUCGUCUUAAUUUCACGUUCCGAAGCUUUGCAAAGAGCAGGAAGGGCUGGCCGAACUAACGAUGGGAUUUGCUAUCGACUUUACACAAGAGAAGUCUACGACGAGCUUAUGUCAAGUGAAACAACUCCUGAGAUUCAAAGGACAAAUUUGGCAAAAGUUGUGCUGUAUCUCAAAACGAUGCAUAUUGAUGACGUCUUAAGAUUUGACUAUCUUGAUCCACCUGAAGAGAGAAUUGUUGUGGAAGCGAUGAAAAGAUUAUUUAUUCUUGGGGCAAUAGAUAGACAAUCUACCAUCACUACAGCUGGUCGAAGAAUGGUACAUUUUCCACUCUCUCCAAGUCUUUCUAGGAUAGUUCUAGCGUCGCUAGAGUUUGACUGUUUGGAUUCUGCUGUUACGAUCGUUGCAAUGCUCUCUGUGGAAGAUGUGUUUUUGCGUCCUCCUAAUCGCAAAGGCCUAUCGCAGGCGACUAACGUUUGGGCCGAGCUUGCCCGGUUUGCGGGUGGACAUAAUGAUUUUAUGAUGUUGUUGUUCGUGUUCAAUGAAUGCUUUCGCAGUGAUAAUCCUGUAAAAUGGUGUCGCGAUCAUUACUGUCAUUGGAGAGCAUUGAAAACAGCUUCUAAAAUACGCGAGCAACUCCUGGCGAUUGCUAAACGACAGAGAAAGAACGGCGAAGAAAAAUGCUUUCAAGUGUCACAGUGUGAGAGAGCGCCAACCAAGAAGGAUUCAAUUGUAAAUGCUCUUUGUCAAGGAUUGUUUUCAAAAUAGCGAGAAAGGGACUGAGUAAAAGUUUUCGAACAAUGGAUGGACAUGGAACGUCGGUACAUCUUCAUCCUUCUUCAGCGAUGUUUGGACAAGAAAGUGAUGUUGAUUGGAUAAUGUUUAGUGAUGUCAUAUGGACCUCCAAGAUUUUUGUCAAGAACGUUUGUCAAAUUUCGUAUGAAAGAGUACACAAUUUACUGCCACGUGUUCAUGAAGCAAAUGAACUUCAUUUUGGACUAGAUGAAGUACGAUCUCAGGGA